AAAGCAUAUAUACAGAGAGGAGAGAGAGAGAGCGCGAAUAGUAACGAACAGUUUCUGCACUCGUCAUGAAAGCGAGAGGGAGGGUCUAGAGAGAGAAACACCUUUGUCUGAGGAUAGAGAGACAGAGAGACGGUGGUUGACAAAUGGGUACACUUCAGACAUGGCGGAAGGCCUACGGCGCUAUUAAAGACCAUACCACAGUUGGCCUCGCCCAUGUCAAUAGCGAUUUCAAGGAUGUUGAUGUUGCGAUUGUUAAAGCUACGAAUCACGUUGAGUGCCCACCUAAGGAGAGACACAUUAGAAAAAUUUUGGCUGCCACUUCAGCGGUUCAGCCUCGAGCAGAUGUUGCAUACUGCAUUCAUGCGAUUUCGAGGCGAUUGACAAAGACGCAUAAUUGGACGGUAGCAUUGAAGACUCUGGUAGUUAUUCAUAGGACAUUAAGGGAGGGUGAUCCUACAUUUAGAGAAGAAAUCCUGAAUUUCCAACAGAGAGGGCGCAUUCUCCAACUGUCUAAUUUCAAGGAUGAUUCAAGUCCCAUUGCCUGGGAUUGUUCUGCUUGGGUACGUACAUAUGCUUUGUUUUUGGAGGAACGACUUGAAUGCUUUAGGGUUCUAAAGUAUGAUAUUGAAGCUGAGCGCCUGCUUAGACCUGCCCAAGGGCAGGAAAAGGGCUACAGUAGAACUAGGGAAUUGAAUAGUGAAGAACUGUUGGAGCAGUUGCCUGCUUUACAGCAGCUGCUAUAUCGUCUCAUUGGAUGUCAGCCCGAAGGAGCAGCUGUGAGCAACUAUGUUAUACAAUAUGCACUGGCUCUGGUACUAAAAGAGAGUUUUAAAAUCUAUUGUGCAAUCAAUGAUGGAAUUAUCAAUCUUGUUGAUAAGUUUUUUGAGAUGCCAAGACAUGAAGCCAUUAAAGCCCUAGAUAUCUAUAAACGAGCUGGCCAGCAGGCUGGAAGCCUUUCCGGUUUUUAUGAAGUUUGCAAAGGAUUGGAACUUGCUAGAAAUUUCCAGUUUCCUGUUCUUAGAGAACCUCCACAGUCCUUUCUUGUGACCAUGGAAGAUUAUAUAAGAGAGGCACCACGAAUGGUGUCUGUUCCAAGGGAAACAUUGGAAUAUGUAGAAAGGCUCCAGUUGACAUAUAAACCAGAAGAAGUUCCAUCUCCUUCUGAUGAUACAAAAUUAGCCAUUGAUGACUCUAAACCACUGCACCCGGGUGAUCUUGCUGUCUCAAAUGUUGAGGCCCCUCCCCCUACUCAAAACAGUGUGGACACUGGGGAUCUACUGGGAUUAACAGUUGCCACGUCUGAUGCAUUUGCAAUUGAGGAAAGCAAUGCUUUGGCUUUAGCCAUAGUUCCAUCUGGUACUGCAUCAUUUGACUCUGGUGCUGUUCAAGCAAAAGAUAUGGAUCCUACUGGAUGGGAACUUGCCCUAGUCACCAAUCUUAGCAGCAAUGUUUCUUCAGUUAACGAGAGGCAAUUGGCUGGGGGAUUGGACUUGCUCACUCUAGAUAGUUUAUACGACGAAGCAGCAUACAGAGCCUCCCUGCAGCCAGUAUAUGGAAUUCCCGCCCCGAAUCCAUUUGAGGUACCAGAUCCAUUUGCUUUGUCUAACAAUCUCGCUCCUGCCCCAUCAGUUCAAUUGGCAGCCAUGGCUCAACAACAGACGAAUCUCUUUGCUCCAUACCAACCUGCCUAUUUUCAACCGCAUCAGCAACAAGGGCCACAAAAUCCCUUCGGUGAUACAGGGUUUGGAGAAUUUCCUGUAAACCAUGUUUCUCACCAACAAACGAACAAUCCAUUUAUAACCACUGGUUUACUUUAACCACAUCUUUGGAUCACAUAUACAUAGCAUUACCUGGAUGUUGCAGUUGAUUUUUGUGUAUCUGGAGUUGAGAAUAGCAGUGUGGGUUCGCGUAUUCUGUCGCACCUUGAAUCAUUGUUGUUUUAGUUGUGAAAGAUAGUGAUCAUAUAUUGAAGAUGUAACCAUUUUAUUCAUGAUUGAUAUGAUAGUCAUUCUUAUCAUUCUGUAAUUUGUUGGAGAUUUGUUGCACGGAAAUAGUGAAUGUAUUUGUUGGACUCGGCUUUA